GACGUCAUCAACACCUAUAGGUUUAUUUAGAUCCGCGGGCGCCAAGGGCGUGGUUUUCAUAGGAUAAGUGUCGAAAAUCAUAUUAAUGAGCGUUCGAUGCGGCGCACGUAGCGCGGGGCCCAGCCCGCCGCCCGCCCGGCCAAUCAGGGCCCGUCUCGCCUAUGAUGUCAUCGGAGGAGGAGGCCGACUCGGCGCCCUACUCGGAUAAGCUCCUAAAGAAACAGAAGCGCGCGAGACAGCGCGUGGACGCCGGUGAGCCGCGCAAUUCUUAUUCCACUCUCGCGACGAACGGACUCGCGCCCGCGCGCGCCGCACACAUGAGCGGCGGACUGUACGGCGCCAUCUUCGAGGGCCGGCAACACUUCGGCAUCUUCAGACCGGGAUACGCGCCGGCCGACAUGCUCAACGAACUGUUGGGGCGAGCGCCCGCCGACGCAAGUGACGAGCCUUCCGGCGGGGACAUAGCGCACCGCGUUCUGCGCGACAUCUUACAGAAUCGUAACAAGGAAUUUCUGCGUCUCUCGCCGGACAACAACAAUGUGCUCGCAAACAACAACAACGACGAGCCCAAGGAGAAGCGUUCGCCGGAGCGGCCGGUGUCGCGCGAGUCGCGGCCCGACCUCGACGACGCCUUGCUUGGGCUAGACAGCGCCGGUGACUCCCGGACAUCGCCACCUCCAGCUCAAUCUGCAGCCGAACCUUUGCUCGCUCCCAAAUCCGAACCGGAGGACCGUGAUAGUGACGCGCAGCGCUCCUCGCCGCGACCGCUUGAUGUGAAACGUGCUCGUGUUGAGAACAUUGUGUCGACUAUGCGUGCAAGUCCCGCGCCUCAGCAGCCCCAAGUGAACGGUUGCAAGAAACGGAAAUUGUACCACCCUCAACAACACGACGGAGCGGCGGAGAGAUACGGCACCAGUCACGGGAGCAGUGCUCAGACAGUGUCGGACGAUUCCGAGGACGACAACGAACGACAGCCGCCUAUCCAACAAAAGUUAGUAGAAAAGAAUGCUUUAAAAUCACAACUUAGGACUAUGCAAGAGCAACUGGCCGAAAUGCAAGAAAAGUAUAUGCAAUUAUGUAAUAGAAUGGGACAGGAGUCCGAGACGAUCGAGAACGACGGUGCUUCUAGUGACGUAGAACAGAACGAUGAGACAGUGCCCAAGUCGGAGCCAGCGUCGCCUGCCAAGGAAGUGCCCCCGCCGAUACCAAGCAGUGCACCGCCAAACAUGCUCUCGCAAGUGAUGAGCAAGAUGAUGUCAGCCAAGAUGCACGCGCACGCGGCGGCGCACCCGCACCUUCCGCCCGGCUUCAAUGGCACGCUGCCCAUGUUGCCGCACCUGCCGCCCACCGACCAUAUCCAUCCACCGCAUCCGCACCAGCACCUCAACAACGCCGCCGCCAUGUACCUCAAUGUAAGCCAGAAACUAUUCCUAGAACAAGAAGCCCGCAUGAAAGAAGCGGUCGAACAGCAUCAGCAACAAAAUAAUCAACAACAGAGGCCACAAUCCAAUCAGCAUUCGCCCCAACAAAGACAAAUGGGCCCGACACCGAAGCCCCCAAUGUCUUCAGAGUUGGCGGAACGGCUGGACGCAUUGAGAAGCAACAGCGGCUCUGUGGGUCCCGUAACGGGCGCAGACUUGGAGGGAUUAGCCGAAGUUCUAAAAAGUGAGAUCACCGCGUCGCUGGCCACCCUCAUCGACUCAAUCGUGACGCGGUUCGUGCAUCAGCGCCGCAUUAUCGGGAAGCAAUCGGAAGCGGCGGCGGCGGCCGCUGAGCAGCUCAACAAGGACCUGAUGCGGGCGACGCGGAUGUUGGAGAGAAAGUCGCCUACGCCGAAGAUGCCGGAGCGGCCGUCCGGGCAGAUGUCAGGUAACAACCCCGUCCAUCAUCCGGGUGCGCCGAACGGCGUACCGUUUAUUACGCAUAACCCGAUGCUGAUGAGUCAGAUGAACGGCCCCCGUGCGCCAGGCGGCGCGGCGUUCCCGCUGCACGCCGAGGCGGGCGGGCCCGGCCACGGUGCUCAAGUGCGGCCGCCCACAGGCAUGUUCCAGACGCCGCCCAAGACGCUCGGCUCGCUGUACAGCGCGAUGAACGGCCACUUCGAGCGUGAGAACCCCGAGCAGAACGAGGCGCUCAGCCUGGUGGUCACGCCGAAGAAGAAGAGGCAUAAGGUGACCGACACGCGGAUCACGCCGCGAACCGUGAGCCGGAUCCUGGGGGAGGGCGUUGGCACACCAGAGACGAAGUUCCCGGAGUCGCCGUCACCGCGGCCAUACCCCGGCGGGAUGGCGCUCCCGACGUCAGUGGCUAUUCCUAACCCGUCACUGCACGAGAGUCAAGUGUUCUCGCCGUACUCGCCGUUCUUUGGGGCGGGCGGCGGCCUGGCGCGGUCUCCGCCGGCGCCGGAGCGGGACUCGCCGCCGCUGCCGCACGCGCCGGUGCUGCUGCACCCGGCGCUGAUGGCAGCAGCGCACCACGCAUCACCCGACUACAUGCGCCACCACCACGCGCACGCGCCGCUCCACGCGGCCCAGCAUCACCCGCAACACAUGGACGUGCAGGACCCACACUCCGACUGCAACUCCACAGACCUGCCUUACGACGGAGUCCAGCCUACUUCCUCAACAUUGACGCCAAUGCACCUGCGCAAGGCGAAGCUGAUGUUCUUCUGGGUUCGGUACCCGAGCUCUGCGGUGCUGAAGAUGUACUUCCCAGACAUCAAGUUUAACAAGAACAACACGGCGCAGCUGGUGAAGUGGUUCUCCAAUUUCAGAGAGUUCUACUACAUCCAGAUGGAGAAGUACGCGCGGCAGGCCAUCAGCGAGGGUCUGAAGACGGCCGAGGACCUCCACGUGGCAGGGGACUCCGAGUUGUACAGGGUGCUCAACCUGCACUACAACAGGAACAAUCACAUAGAGGUGCCGCCAAACUUCAGAUAUGUAGUAGAGCAAACAUUAAGGGAGUUCUUCCGCGCCAUCCAGGGCGGCAAGGACGCGGAGCAGAGCUGGAAGAAGUCCAUAUACAAGGUCAUCUCGCGGCUCGACGACCCCGUACCAGAGUACUUCAAGUCGCCCAACUUCCUCGAACAACUCGAGUGAGCGCGCCUCCACGCACAAUGUUCGGAAUACAAAAAACUUUGGACAUAAUAAAAAAUAAAUAAAAAACACUUUUUGGACGUUACGAAUAUCGUUUCGCACACCAAAAUUUUACGACACUCGCAUUUAGGCCUUCAGAUUCAAAAUUAUUGAUAAAAGAAAAAAAAGUUAAAAAAUAAAAAUUACUUAUUGAAAUUUGUACGUUGGAAGUUGAGUGGCGCCAUGCCACUAGCGCUCUACUAGGCAAUUCGUUAGGUUACGAGUAAGAGAAAAUUUAAGUCACCUAGAAUUUUAUUUCUGCACAUAAUAUAUUUCGCUAUAUAUAAUUAUUAUUAUAUUAUUAUUAAGUAUUAUCUUAAAAUGGUUUUUAUAGUUGUGUAUAUCUCAAAAUCAUUUAUUGAUUUAUUAUUUAAGAAGAAAAACGAUUAAUAUA